AUGCCCUCGGAACAAGGACACAGACUCUAUGUCAAGGGUCGUCACCUGAGCUACCAGCGCUCCAAGCGCGCGGUCAACCCCAACACCAGUCUGAUCAAGAUCGACGGUGUUGACAACACCGAGGCCGCCAACUUCUACCUCGGCAAGAAGGUUGCUUUCGUCUACCGGGCCAAGCGUGAGGUUCGGGGUUCCAACAUCCGGGUUAUCUGGGGCAAGGUUACCCGGCCACACGGAAACUCCGGCGUUGUCCGCGCUCAGUUCCGCCACAACCUCCCCCCCAAGUCCUUCGGCGCUACCGUCCGCGUCAUGCUCUACCCCUCCAACAUCUAA